CCUUCUUCGCAUACCACCCCCACGGACGUCCGUCCUCCCCAUUCCAGUGUCGCCAACAUGAAGUUUGGGAGAAAGAUUAGCAAUGACAUGUACAGCGAAUGGCGGCCGUUCUAUCUGGACUAUACGCUCUUGAAGCGCAGGUUGAAGGACGGAACGACGAAUCAUAGCUGGACGGCGGAAGAUGAGCAGGACUUUACGAACCUGCUGGAGAAGGAACUGGACAAGAUCUAUGAGUUCCAGAAAGACAAGACUUCGGAGCUGGCGCGCCGGAUCCGCGACGCGCAGAAGCAGGUCAACAGGCUUGUCGCAGAGGAGGCGUCUGGCUCCAGAUCCCCCUCCCCCACCCACCGCGACGUCGAGUCCCAAGAACAGCCCGCCGAGCACCCCCCAUACUCCCUCGACGACGGCUCGGACGACGAGGACGACAUCGAGGGCGAGUCCGACGACGACGACCAGUCCUACGGCUCCCUCGAGGACCGCUUCCACGAGCUCGAGGAGGAGGUCGCGACGCUCGUCGCCGACGUGCACGACCUGGCGCUGUACACGAAGCUGAACGUCACUGGGUUCAUGAAGAUCCUGAAGAAGCAUGACAAACAAACGGGGUGGCAGCUGAAGGCGGCGUUCAUCCAGCAGUACCUGGAUAAGCGCCCGUUCUACAAGUACAACUGGGAUGCGUUGAUCGUCAAGUUGUCGAAGCUGUACGAUCUUGUGCGAACUCGGGGUCAUCCGGUGCAGGGCGAUUCGAGUGCGGGUGGGUCGCAGAGCGCGUUCGUGAGGCAAACGACGAAGUACUGGGUCCACCCAGACAACCUCGUCCCCCUCAAGCUCGCCAUCCUCCGCAACCUCCCCGUUCUUGUCUUCAACGCCGAAAAGGAGUUCGAGCCGAAGGACGCAGCUAUCACAUCUAUCUACUUCGACAAUGAAGACCUUGAGCUCUACCUUGGUCGUCUCGAGAAGACCGAGGGCGCUGAAGCCAUCCGCCUGCGCUGGUAUGGCGAUGUUGACAACCGGACGAUCUUCGUCGAGCGCAAGACUCAUCGCGAAGACUGGACCGGCGAGAAGUCCGUCAAGGCUCGCUUCCCUCUCAAGGAGCACCAAGUCAACCCCUUCCUCCGUGGCGAGUACACGGUCGACAAGGACUUCCAGGAGUUGGUCAAGAAGGGGAAGAAGACACAGCAGGAGGUGGAUUCGAUGAUUCAGCUGGCGAAUGAGGUGCAGUAUGCGGUGUUGACGAGGAAGUUGCAACCAGUGAUGCGCACCUUCUACAACCGUACCGCCUUCCAGUUGCCCGGCGACGCGCGGGUGCGCAUAUCACUCGACACUGAACUCACCAUGGUUCGGGAGGACAACUGGGACGGCAAGAUUCGCAGUGGCGACAAUUGGAGACGCACGGACAUUGGCAUCGACUUCCCCUUUCCGCAGGUGGAACCGGAUGACAAGGAGAUCUUCAAGUAUGGUGUACUUGAGGUUAAGCUGCAGACGCAGUUCGGGCAGGAACCACCCAAGUGGGUAACGGAUCUUGUGCAAAGUCAUCUAGUCGAAGCUGUGCCCAAGUUCAGCAAAUUUAUCCACGGCUGCGCGACCCUUCUGCCUCAUCGCGUCGACCUCGUACCAUUCUGGCUGCCUCAAAUGGACACCGACAUUUUGAAGCCCGACACCGGCUACCUCAGCGUCAUCGAGCGUCCUCAUGGCUCAUCGUCCGCUUCGCCGCUUACCGCGUCGAAAGGCGGAUCCUCACAAGGCUCUUCCGGCGGUUCCGCCGAUCGUAGUCCUCCCGGCGAAACCUAUCACGAGCCCGUCAGCGAGGGCGAAGAGGAUGAUGAACGUGACCUUCAGCCCGCGAAGGACGAGGACAAGCGUACAGGUCUCAGUGGAAAGGACCUGGAGGAAGCCAUCGCGUAUCGCGAGCGCAUGCUGAAGGAGCAGCGGGCUAAGGAGCGCCGUGAGGAGAACGCGAAGCAGCGUGACGAUGUUCAAGACCACCAUGACCCCGACCACGCCGUUGACGACGAGGACGCUGAUGAGGCAAGGCCGUUGCUGCGCGGUCGCCGCCUCACCAACGAGACUGGCCGUUCGCGGGCGUUGUCGAUCGACCCAUUGGCACCGUCCGCGGCGUUCGACGAGACGCUGCGGGAUCGCCUCAGCGAGCACGAGCGAAUGAACGGACAUGGCAAUGGGCAUGCGCACGAUCAGGGCGCACCGCCAAAUGGCAGAGGCCCCUCUGCGGAUGACGAGCGACUGCUCGAGCGCAGGUGGCACGCGCCAGAUGGCAAGAGGAUCGCGGUGCCCGUUCGUAUUGAGCCCAAGGUCUACUUCGCAGCGGAGCGGACGUUCUUGAAAUGGAUGAACACCGCGGUCGUCAUCGGCACUAUCGCCACCACCCUGCUGAACUUCAUACCCCCGGACGACCGGCGCGGGCUUAUCAGCGCAGGGGUCUUCACCCUCGCCGCGCUGCUCGCGAUCGCGUACUCCGCGGGAAUUUUUGUGUUCCGUGCGCUGAGGAUACGAGAGCGGCGGGCGGAAGGAAUGUACUACGAUCCGUAUGGGCCGACGGUGCUUUGUGUCGUUCUGUUGGGCGCGCUGGGGACCAAUAUUGGGUUGAGGGUGGCGGAGAUGAUGGAGUGAGAGAGAUGGUGGAAUAUGGUGGAGGAUGGCUGCAAGGAGAUGACUGCGAUGAUCUGUAAGCGUAUGGUCAAGCUGGCGAUUUUGAUUCACCGAAUUGCUGGGGUUCGCGCUAGCGCGUGCCUCCACGGACACUCAUUCACCUGAUGAACUUUUUCGUGACUGUCUACCUCAGCAAGCAACGUUAUACGUAUGCAGAAAGCAGACCGGUUCGACGUUCGGUGAGCCUGCGAUGACCUAUGGAGGCUUGGCCCAAGUCAUACCAAAUCCUGUUAGACUCUGCAUAAUACACCUUUCCCAUCUCUUCCCCUCA